AAAGGGUUGCGUCAGUGUUUUGCAGGACACACUGCGGAUACUAACAGCUGCUGCACUUAUUCCACUUCGUACAAGGCUUUGUUGGUCGUCAGUCUUUGUUACGGAGUAUUUCAUCUGCGGGAAUAACCGACAGUUCAUCACAUCUGAAGAUUUACAGCGUAGAAUACCGUCAUUUUAAGACGCAACAAUGCAGGACCAGCUGAUUACCAGCCUUUCAUCUGACGACUCAAGUCUCCCAUCAACACCGACAUCUGACGCUCCAUCCAAACGCUUGUCCUGGAGCAAACUGAUGCAGAAACUGCACAGCAGCCAAAGCCUGGACUCUGAUUCAGACAAUCACAGCAGCACAGACGAUGCAUCAGAUGCAGGUUCCAUAUCCCUUCCCGAUUUGUCCGAAUCGGACUUGUUUUUUGACCCGACCGAAGAGGCGUUGUGCAAAGAAGUGGUGCAGCUCAUCGCACUUAACCUGACCGACGCCAAAGACGGCGUCCUGCACUGUUCCAAACUGCUCAUUCCCGAGAAACUCCUGGAGCACAUCGGCCACGAGCUGGUGCAUCUGUCGGUCAGCGAGCCCUGCGGCCUCCGCGGCGCCCUCAUCGACCUGUGCGUGGAGCAGGACGGCAGCUGCGAGGCCGUGGGACAGAUCGCCGUCGACCCGUACCUGGUGCCGACGUUCCAGCUCACGCUCGUGCUGAGGCUGGACUCCAGGGGCUUUUGGCCGAAAAUCCAGGGGCUUUUCACUGGCAGGUCGCCUGCUUCUCCGGUUGUUAGACAUGCACUUAAACUGAGCACUGGAUUUCGAGUUAUUAAAAGAAAACUGUACAGCUCUGAGGAGCUUUUGAUAGAAGAAUGCUGAGCCUGACAUGCUCACAAACUGACUGUCCAUGUUAUGGAUUUUUACUAGGUUUUUUUUUUAAAUGAAGCUGUUUGGUCUCUUGAGGCCUGAAUUGUAUGACUGUUGAAAGCAGUGAAGUACCAACCCGCUGGGCAUUUGUAAUGCACAUGUGGGGUAUCUAAAAAAAGAUUUUGUAAUACAGUAUGGUAUGUUUAUUAUGUUGCACUUUUGCUGACGUUCUAGUGAAGCAGGAGUUUUCGGGCUGCUGUUGAAAUGUUUACCUCAGGUUCAUGGAAACCAGAUGUGGCAGCUAUUUUUCCAUGUAGCAAAUGUGAUGGUUUUUCUGUUAUUCAAGUGCCGAUUUGUUCAAAGAAGUGCAACGAUGUGUCUGGAUGCAGUUAUUGUUCCCUUAGAUCAAAUGGAAGAGGUGCUUUUAAUUUUAAUUUUUCUUUUUUGUUUUUUAAACAAUCAUAUGCAUAUCCUUGCAUCUUAUUUAUUUGAUAUUCAAAUGCAACGUGUUCUGUUUCUUUUGUACAUGAACGAAAUGCAGAAAAUAAAUUAUCUUUUUGAAGAAA